AUGGGAGUUUGCGAACCAAGGUUUUCAGGAAGGGAAGAAGCACUUGCUGAAGAACAAAAGGAGGAGACGCAAACUCCGCGAUCAUACGAAAACAUCGAGAGUAGUAUUGUUGCUUCGGAUUACCCGGAGGCUGGAAAGGAAGCUGAACUUGAAAUGCUUAAGAAGGACCAGGAAGCGUUGAAGGCCGAGAUCCUGAAACUAAGAGAAGAGCAAGAGAACUCGCAGCAUGAGAUCAACCACGUCGCCGAGCAGAUUCGCUAUGCCGAGUGCAGCAAGAAAAGCAAAUUGCUUGGUCCCGUUAACGAAGCCACCAAAUGCUUGCUCGACGUAACGGAUCACAAGAUUCAAAGCCCGAAUGUUGAUUGCCUGAGAAUCGGUGAUGAUUUGGCACAGAUGGAGUCUUGGCCAAACAAUGUUUUACCGGUGGAUCUUGAGACCAUUCAGAUGCACAACCCGUGGCCUCCUCCGGUGGGUGGUGCGGAUUUCAGGGUUAUGCAGGGUCAGACACCCGAUCAGAUGGCCGGACCUAGUCCGUCAGAUUUGCCUUCGGUUUUCCAUGAGAUUUCGGAGAAGCUCCUCGGAGACAACAUGGUCGUGGGCGACGAUGCGAUGGAUGACCCAGGAAUCUAG